CACGACGGCUCCCAAAUGAUGCUGACCCCGGAGGAGUCGGUGGGUCGGAUUCAGGCCUCGAUCGGAUCGGAUAUUGUGAUGCAGUUGGAUCAUGUGCUGCAUGUCCUGACCACGGGUGAGGCCAUCUCGGACGCGACUCGGAGGUCUAUCCGAUGGCUUGAUCGAUGCAUUAAGGCCCAUGAGUCGCAGUUAAAUAAGCAGAACUUGUUCGCCAUCACACAGGGUGCCCUGGACCCGGAGCUGCGAAAGGAGUGCAUUGGCGAAAUGAUAAAACGGAAAGAUCAGGUUUGUUUCUUUUUUGGUCACUCGACAGGACCGCUUUUAAACUUAUUUCCUGUCCAAACAAUGUGA